GAUCGUAGAAUCAGGAUUUUACAAUGGCCAAGUGCUGUGAUAGACUGCUUGGGUGUUCAUCCCUGGCAUUGCGAAUUCAGAACAUGAUUCGGGCGAUGCUCUUCUAUUACACGCAAGCGUUUCUCCGCAUCCCAAGAUAAAAGCAAUAUAGAUGAAGUAAUAUAGUAUUCUAAGUGACAGACUGUCAAAUAUGGCUGUAAAGGCGGUGUAAUGGUAUCAUACCUCUUUAGAAAUAUAGAACUGUUACUCCCAUAUCCGUACAACAAUCUGUCAAACUUCGCUUGUUUCCGAAACAGACCUAGAUCGAUAUCAAUAAACCGUCAACCAUACAAUCCUCCAGAACGCCUUCUACCGCGUAUCUCCGCACUAUAACACCGUAACCAGGAGUAACUUCAGCCAUAAUAAUCAUGUCGGAACUCAACGAUUUCCUGGUUCUCUUGCAAGACAAGCCGGGUAUGUUGCAGACGCGCCUCAACAACGUACAGGCGCAUAUAGCCCACCUGAAGAGCCUUGUGGAAUCUGGUACCGUCGUCAUGUCUGGACCGACUCUUUCCUCACACCCCAAGACCGCCGGCGAGGAGCUCGCCGUCACCGGUAGCUCUGUGCUUGUUCGUGCGAACUCGGAAGAGGAGGUCCGCGCCUUUAUCAACGACGACGUCUACGCCAAAAUCGGUGUCUGGGAUCUCGAGAAAAUCACUAUUGUUCCAAUGAAGUGCGUGGUGCGAAAGCCUCUAUGAGGCGAUGUUGUACUUGGACCGCCGGGCUUAGAUUAGGUACAUCUGGUUAUGAGACUUCAUGUAGUGCUAGUUCCUGGAAAAUAGAACGAAAGGCAUGUUGUUCUAUUAGUUAGGAUAUAGCAUCAAAAUCUGUAUGGGGUCUUCCUCCUGGAUAAUCAAUGAAUGAGGGAGAUACGAAUAGACUAGACUCUUGUCGUUUCAUACGAGAGUCUUGUUGCCUCAUUGAUAUCCAGAUAAUUAAACAUUGGAGCUUCUCUCGCGGAUUCAAAAGUGAUACAAAUGCAAUUCAUAUUUAUUGAGGGGG